CAGUGCACCAGAGAUACGGGCGUCCUGUGCACUGGCGGGAGGCGGUUCCGCUGUACCGGGUCUCCGUGCACGGGAAUAAGAGUGUCCAGUGCACCGCGGGGAGGCCGUUUCCCCGUACCGGGUUCCCGUGCGCCAGGGACAUGGGCGUCUUGUGCGCUGAGGAGAGGCCGUUUCCUUGUACUGGCUCUCCGUGUACCGGGGACAGGGACGUCCCGUGCAGCGGGAACAGGGGCAGAGGGAAGGAUGGCGCUCCCGUGCUCCGGGGUGCGGGCCGAUGGUGGCAGGCAGCCCCCGGCGGAGCCCGGCCGCACGCCAUGCCCUGGAGCGUCCGCUGGGUCGGCGGCUGCGGCGCCCAGUCCCAGAAGCAGUGCAAGAAAUCCUCCUUCGCCUUCUACCAGGCGGUGAGGGACCUGCUGCCCGUCUGGUUCCUAGAGGACAUGCGGACCAUGGAGGCCUUCCACUGGGAGGAUGGCGGCAAGGUGAGCGUGUACUCGCCCUCGGAGGCGCUGCUGUACGCGCUGGUGCACGACCACCAGCCCUACGCCCGGCACCUGCUCACUAAGUUCCCGCAGAGCGCCCUGGCUGUGCCCAGCCAAAGCUUCAGCUGCUGCCAGUCCGCCCCGCACCUGGCCAUGGCCGUCCGCUACAACCGCGUCCGGGUGCUCUUCCGAAUCCUCAAGGCCAUCCAAGCCUUGCCCCCGGGUGACAGAGCCGCGCACCUGGACCGCCAGGGCUGCAGCCGCGUGGAGGGCGGCAAGACAGCCUUGCACCUGGCCUGCGAACUGGUGCGGCCCGAGUGCCUGCUGCUGCUGCUGGGGCACGGCGCGUCCCCCCGCCUGCAGGACAGUGCUGGCAACACCCCUCUCGACACCCUGCUGCAGCAGAUCUCCCACUUGCCCGCAGCCAACAUGCGUGCCAAGCUCCUCUGCCUCGACUGCCUCUUCUUCUUCGUGCCUCAGGACCUCAAGUUUGCAAUGAAACAGCAACUGUUGAACAACCGGCAGCAGUGGCAGGACCUCCUGGGGGAAAACAGGUUCCAGUGCCUGGUGGGAUCAGUGCCUCCAUCGCUGUUUGUUGGAGCCAUGAGUGUCUUGAUCAGGACCAUUGCACCUGAGCACUUCCCAGAGGCUCUGGAUAAUCUGCCUCUGCCUCAUUUUCUAAAGCCUUUGGACUUGAAACUGGAGAGCUAGAGGGAUGGUAGGAGAGCCUCUCGCUCACCUGACAGAAAUAGACUUGUGCUUAAAAUGUAUCAAUAUACAAAGCUGCUAAUGCAGUGGCCAAGUAUCUGUUUUACUGAGAACAGUAUUUUUUAAAAGAAUUGUAUCCAGCACUUUACAAUAUAUUUUAUUUAAAAAUCCAUGUGGUGAGGUGAGGGUAAUGCUGCAUUUUAUAGAGAUGUUCUAUGGCAUGUAAAAAUGAGGGUAUGGGGAAGAAUAUAUUUGUAAAUACAUCCAAAUAAAACAGUGGCAGAUGUGAUCAAAAUAUAAAUCAAGCAACUGAAAACCCUGGAGUGGCAUGUGCCUUAGAAAAGCUUGUGCAGGGUGGGGGAGUAUCUUUUUGUUAGGAUUUCCCUGUUACAUAAGCCUUGCCAUCCUGGAACAGGAUGACUCCUUUUUUUACAGCUCUCCUAAUACAUCUUGGCAGAGAUGCAGGGUUUUUUUAAAGGCACAAAUGAAAACUUCCUUGUACACAAGACCAAAGAGAAUCCAGAUACUGUUACAACUUCCCUAAACAAGGCUGGCAAGGAUGUGCAUCUGAAGAAGAUGUGUUUUAAAAUAUGCAUAAAUAACAGUUGGAUUCCUUAUAAAGUUGUCUCUGUUCCCCUUGGAGGGUCAAAGUGUUUGUUUUCAGGCAGGGAGAGAUGGAGCACACAUGUUGCUGUGGCCAGACCCUGUAGCCCCUCUGUGUGAUUGCUGCAGGGUGAGGAAGGUAGCACAGAGCAGGAGAGCCAGCCUGAUAUUCCCAGAGGGGAUGUAUGAUAAUGGCUCAGGAUCCUGCAUCAUGGCUUUUCUCAGUGGGUUCUGGCCACUCCCCAUUAGUGUGUGAUGGCUCAGGUUCAGCUGAGAGACCAUGGCAGUCUUGGUGUCUACUCUGGGUGCCACAGGAGUAGCUUAGCUAUCCAACCUUCUCCCAACUAUCCCUCCUGAGAAUACUCCAAGGUACAAACAACAUCCUCACUGCUGCUCCAGAUCAAAAAGUCCUUUCAGGGUUAUGUCCUGCUUACAACAUUUCUGUUUUAACUAAGCAAAGGGUAAAGCUUCAGUUCUUUGCUCUGCAGCCUUUACUCUUCAGCAUUCUGGGCAGUCCCUAUGUGCCCUACAGGG